UGUAAUCCCUGGCGCGCUCCCCCUUUCUUCAGCCGGGGUCGGCGGAUUGUACAUACAGCCAACUUACAUCCCCUACUACAAGAAUAUUUGUUGAAACAAGAACUCUCACUAGUUGGCAUCUUGCCUUCUCCCGCUUUGCUUUCCCAUCAGUUGCGCGCACCGAACAUCGACCUGGCACACGCGGAGAAGGAGAACGGCAACACCGCUUUGCGUGGCCAUGAACUUGGAUUGGCGGUGGCUUGCUACACAACAGGUUUGGCGCUGCUGCCUCCUGAGGCUGUGGCCGCAGUGCCUGAUGGAGUCGCGCCAGAGGAUGAACAUGCGCUUUUGCGGUCAGUGCUUUUUUCCAAUCGAGCUUCGGUUUUUUGCCGAUUAAAAACUUGGCGAAGUGCCCGUGCAGACGCGCAGGCUGCUGUUGAGAAGAAGGGCGAUUUUGUCAAAGCUAGAAACCGGCUUGGUACAGCUCUGCUGGCGUGCGGCCAGGUGGAGCAGGCUUACGUGCACUUUGCACAUGCCCUGAAACUCGAGUCUAACAAUACCGCUGCAUUGAAGGGCCGACAGGCUUGUAUUAGCAUACUGCCUCUCUGGCGGACACUGCCGGCACGGCGGCGCUUUCGUGAGCGCUUUGGCGUGGACCUUUGGCGGCCGAAGGGAACGUCCAAGGUCUAUGCCAUCUCAGACAUGCAUUUUGACCACAAGUGCAACGAGGAUUGGGCCCAUCGGAUCGAUGACUUCCAAUUUCAGGAGGAC